UUCAGUCAUUUUCAGCAUAAUGGCAUAGAGGCUCAUAUGUAUGCCUCGCAGUGGUUUCUGACGUUGUUCACAGCAAAGUUCCCUCUUUCGAUGGUUUUCUGGAUUAUUGACAUUGUGCUUUGCUUGGGGACUGAUUUUGUCUUUCAAAUGGCUGUGGCUUUACUCAAGGAUGCUAGGAAAGAGCUCCUUCAACUGGACUUUGAAGGAAUUCUCAAGUAUUUCAGAGUUACAAUGCCCAAGAAAUACAUGGAUGAAGAACGCUAUAAACAGCUGUUUGCUUCAGCACUUGGCAUCAAGAUAUCGCCCAAAAAACUCAAAAAAUACGAAAAGCAGUUCAUUGCGUUGAAAGAGAAAGAGGCUCAGCUUGAAGAUCCCGUUGAACGGUUCACUCGAGAAAACAAACGUCUUUUGGAAGCGAAUAUGCGCUUAGAAGGAGAAAAUGAUGCUUUGGCUCAUGAGCUUGUCACUACAAAGGUUACACUACAUAGCAGACUACUGGAGGCAGAAGAAGAGAUUGAUGCACUCAAGACACAGCUGCAAUUAAAUAGAGCAGCUUUGACUGAAGCUGAAGACGAGAGGGAAAGCUUGAAGACUGAGGGACAACAAUUAAAAGACAUGUGGAGAAAGAGUCUKGAAGAAUGUGAAGAAGAGAAAAAACGACACACGGCAAUCAUUGAAGAAUACAAGAAGAUUUGUAGUCAACUCGACGAAAGAAGUCAAAAGCUGAAAGAUGACUUACAGCAAGAACUAGUCGAGAUAAAGAGACGAAUCGGCACUUGUGAAAAGUGUGGUCCUCUGUUUACUGACGACGGACAGACAACAGAAGGAGUAGGCACUGGUGACGGCUUCAAGACAAGUGUCAAGGUCGUCGAUACCGAGAAGCGCCUCCGAGAACUGGAACUAGAGCUUGCAAAGACGAAGCUAAUACUCGUGGAGACCGAAUGUCGGGCACAAGACUUGGAACACAARCUGUCAUCGUUCGUCGCUGCAGUGGCCCUUGAGGAAAGCAAACCCUGGUUCAAGAGAAAGAGUUUAAACUUGAUAAUUGAUAAGUAAUUAUAAUUGAGCUACRGAAUGGGGUCGGGAGCGGCUGGUUUUUGAUCAAUGCUGAACUCAGUAUGGGUUGGAUGGGGAGAUUUGGGAUAAGAUAGCUAUGAAUGAACUUUAUCUCUUUCCAACAGCUCAAUUCUAGACGACUUGCGAGAUCAAAAAGCGCUUUCAAAGAUAUCGCGGGCGCGCGCAUGGAAAACGAGUUUGUGGCGAGAUAAGCAAGCUUCGGAGCACUGUCCUUGUUUUCAUCUGCGCGCCUGCGAUACAUCUCGUCUGUCAAUCCGACAAAACUAAGCUUCUACUACUAAUUAUACAAAAAGGUACAAUAAAAAUGUAAUUUAGAGGGGAGGGGUCGGGCAAAUAGUUCUUAUCAAGAUAUAUAUAUAUAACAACACUGUGAAUACAGUGGCUGCUUGGGUUCGGGUAAAGUAGCAAAAUUAGUUCUAAAAUAGUACAUAUAAUACAGUAAUAAACACUCCUUGACAUUGGAUACGUCACUAAGGAUGUUGCAGGGAGGGGACGGUUUGGAGAGUAAAGUAUGCUAUGUUUAUUUGGUACAAUUAUACACACUUCUUCGCAACGACUACGUCGUCGUUUGUGAGGUGGAUAUGGCCCCGGUAAGUCGUUUUAGUUCCAAUUACUUACCAAAGCCAUGACCUCCAAUUUGUUUUUGCGAUUCCGUUGUAAAUAUGUUAUGUUUAUUCAGUUAAUGUGUUAUUUAAAGCGCAUUUUCAAACUACGCCUUGGAGUUUCCCUGGUAUAAAAGCGACACUUGAUGACUCUUGUAUAUGGCCAUCUCGAGCACCCUCUUUUCAAGAUGGCGGUCGUCGGGGAGAUGAGCUUAACUACCUUAUUUCUGUUUCAAAUAACGUUUCCAUAUAAGGCAACGGCAGCAUAUCAAACUACGGCGGCCUAUCAAAUUGGCCGAGGUGGCAGGGGCAGCUCUAUAUCUCUCUGUCUCUGCUACUAACAGGGAAAGCCUAGUGGUCCAAACAUUUCUUUUUGAUAUAACUUUUUUUGAUUAUAUUUCUUGAUUUUAGUUUCUUAUGAUAACCAUGAAUGUAUAUAUUUAACACUCAGUUACAAAUCAUACUGGUCUCAGACAGCGCGUUCAAAGGGAUACAGUGUGUACAUGGCAAUGUACUGCGCAUUGCAAAUACGUUUUGCUUCUAUUUGCAAGAAUGCUCGCUCAAGACCGAGAAAGACAGCUUGUUGCUGUUGAAGUUUUGCGUCGGUGUUUCUCGGUUUUGUGGCUAGUGCCUCGGAACGAGGCUCAAGCCACUAUGCUAUCGAUGUGUAAGUGCGUACGCUUGUAAUUCGGGAUAACAUGGUCAUUUCCCCGCUAAUUCUCCGAUAAGAUGUUACACGUAAAUUCUUCGUAUGAUUUGAACUUUCCUAAAGACUAGCAUCUUCACAACUGAAACGGAUCAUGAAAAACGGAAAACAUUAACGCUUACCUCUGAGUUUUGUUGUUCUUUCUCGUAUUCGCAAGUGAGAUUCGCUUAUAAAUGAGGAAAAAAUKGUGUAAUUUUAUUUAUAUAAAUAUUUGAUUAAUAGAAAGUUUAAGUUCAAGAAUGUUUACUUUACAGUUUGUAUCGUUGACAGGCAACUGUGRUCACGUGACAGCGRGGAUCACGUGACAACUGGAGAAGGUUGAGAGUUGUUAUGUAGAACGUCUGCAGACAGCAAAGUGUUCUUGAAGUACUUAAAAUAAUUAAAUCGUCGAUGGAUUGUAAAUCAAAAGAUAAUCUAUAUCAUUCUGAGCGGACAUUAAAGACAUUAAACUGGAAAUGAACUAACAAAGAA